CGGGGGACGCAUGCGCUGUGGCCAGUCCGCCAUAACGCGUUCGCGCAUCCACAGGCGCAUAGACACGAAAAUAUAUACAAAAUACUUUUUGUACUUCGAAACUUUUUUCAAUAUGUAAAAGUUGGAGUUUUAAAAAUAGAAGUCUUUUUUUAUAUAUAGUUUUUUUUUGGAAUAAGGAUUUAAAAUAUGAACUUUACAGAUUCUGAUUUAUAGUUAAGUUUUCAACAAAAUGGAACGGUUUGUGAUUCUGGCUCUAUUGGCCUUCAUCGUACCCUGUCUACACUAUACCUCAGCAGAAGAAACUGUCUUAUCAGAAGUACUAACACCCAAAACUGAGGAACAGACAGACAAACUAAAAAGACAGAGCAGAAGUUACUACGACUACAGAUAUGGAGCACCACGGCCUAUUUACGAUAGGAUAGAGUACGGCAGACAGGAGUACGACAGGCCUCGCUGCGGACGAUGCGAUGAUCGCAGAGACGACGAUGACGACUACGACAGACGCGACCGAUACGACGACGACAGACGGGGACACAAACCGACAUACGGUAACAGACACGACAAUAAGAAAAACUAUGAUAGCGACGAAGAUAGAUACUCAGACAGAAAAGGUGGGAACAAAAAUGGAACUGACGAGGAUAAUGGAGAUGGUAAAAAUGCGUAUGACGAUAAGGAUAGCAGACCGAGUGGUAGCCGACGAGGGAGCGAUAGAGACAGAGACAGGGAUCGUGGAAGGGACAGAGAUCGUGACAGGAGGAGAGGAGGAGAUCGGUACGACGACAGAGAACGCUACAGACCAGACUAUUACGACAGAUUCCUAAGAGAUCCUUAUAGAGAAAGAGAUUAUUACGACGAUUACCGAGGAAGAAGACCUUUGUAUGAUAGAUAUUAUCCUAGCUAUGAUGAUGGGUUGAGCAGAUACGAUGGUUAUGGAUAUUCAGGAGUUAGAAGACCAGCUUAUGAUGACAGAGGAUACGAUGAUGGUUAUGGGGGCUACGGACCUAGCGCUGGCAGAGGGCCUCAUGAUAGUUUCAGGCCUUGGGAUGAAACUUACCGGGGUCAAGCGGGUUGGGACGCGGGUGGCAGAGGCUAUUAUUUCGCAUCGGGUAGGCCUGAUGCUGCUCCCGCUGCAGGCUGGGGUCGUCCUGAGUACGCCAGACCACAAGACACAGGCUACCAGACCGCUGGCUACUCUGGUUACGCGGGCUCCUACCGGGACCCCUACGCCCAAGGCAGUAGUGGCUACACUGCCAGCGCUGGGUACGGCCAAGGAGCAGGCUAUGGCCAGCCAAGUGCGGCUUAUGGCCAAGCUGCGGCCUACGGGCAGAGCUUUGCAGGGUACGGGCAGAGUAGUGGGUAUGGACAGGGGAGCGGGUGGCAUAGUGUGGGGGAGAGGAGACCUUAUAGGGAUGAGAGUUCCGUAAAGAAACUCGAAAACCGAGACAACUACAACCAAGAAACAGGUCGCAAUCAGAACAGCUUUGACCAAUCCAGUCGACAGCCAGCUAGCUACGGCCAGACUUCUAACUACGGGCAGUCCUACCAGCAGGUCUACGGAAGCAGCAGCACAACUCCUGGCACCAGCUACCUGUUCCAGAGGGAAGAUGAACAGGUCACGGUCAAAGAUGUUGAGACUACUAAGCCGCCAUCUUAGAUUUUUGUAUUCUGUAUUUGAAUUUCGAAUUUUGUGCCCGUUUUAAAAAGAAUAAAAAUGUUGUUUGUGGAAUUUCUUUGAUGAAUUUGUGGAUUGUAGUGGUCUUAGAAAGAUUUUUUUUUAUAUGUAUGGUAGUGAGCGAUCUUAACUGUGACCUAACUAGUGUACGAUCAAAGAUCAUAAUAUUCAUAAUCAUUAGGAUAAAUCUAAAUCCUACAAUUUGGUUACGUUCUGUAAAACCGAAUAAUUCAAGUACCUUUUGCCUUCAGGUACUAGGUACCUUUAUUUUCGUUUAUAAAUUACGGCAAAUUACUUAAGUAAGUCAACCGUGAAAUAUGCCAACAAUUCUCUUAAAUAUACAGUUCUCAUAUCAUCUUAUGUAUGUAUAUCUAGUUAUCAGUAUUUUCUUUCAGUCUUUAUUUUGAUAUGAAAUAUAGGAGAAUUCGGCUCUAUUUAACGUGUCGUAGAGUUGCAUUGAUUGGAGGAUAGAGUAAGGAGUUGUCUCAAAAGAAUUUUUCAUUUUUAAUCUAAACUCAAAUAAGUAAACAAUUUUUGUUUGAGUUUAUCAAGAGAUUCUGCACAAAAGACUCAUUAAUUUGUGUGAGGCCGUCGCACUUCGUCACUGAACUACGGCCUUACACAACUAUGCCUAGUACUAAGUGUGUGCUUCCCACAAUUAGAC